AUGAUCUCAUCAGCAGACCAUACCGCCUCAGCCGCGCGUGAACAGAACGCCGCCAACCCACCGGUAUUCGAAAAGCCACCCACGAGCAGCACGCCUCUCCCGCCCGAUGUGGCAGCCGCUCGUAAAGCUCGCAUGAAUGCCGACUUGAUCGGUGCCUUCAAGAGCACCUGUCCACCCGGCACAACCCCCUACAUAACAGGUGUCGGAUUGUAUACCCACGUUGAGGGCGCACCACCCCAGUCGCCAAUGUACCCCGACGAGAACCCGCAGCCACAACCCGAAUUCUUCCCUAUACGCAUACCAGAGAGUCGAGGUAACGAGAGCUCGCAACCGGACGAAGAGGUUCAGAAGCUAUGGAAUGAACUCGAGCUUGCCGUCGAAACAGAGGAAGAGUUGAUUGCUACAACCGAACUUGGGCUUAAGGAGCUUAGGAAGCGGUAUCGUGCUCUUCCUCCUCCUAAGAACUCGCGGUCGCCGGUACAGCGCGGUCAGCAGCAGCCGGAAGCGAUACAAGGGGAUACAGCGGCUCAAGGUGCUACUACAACCAUUGUGGGGAGCAUGGGCGCUCCCAACGCGCCCACCAAGCCGCGCGGCCAGUCGCUAGCUAGCGUAAUGUCUACUCUUGCGGUAGGAAGUGAGAAUACGAGCAUGGGAGGUACCGAGCCCGAACGAGGCAGACCGACGGCCAUCGAACGAGGCAGACCGACGGCCACCGAACGAGGCAGACCGACGGCCACUACAUCAACUACAGGCUUCUACGCCCCGGAUCCACGCAGACAGGGACGAUGA